AAGGAGGAGAAGGGAAGAGAUCUCUACCCAAUGCCGAUCUCGUAAGUUUUACAUAACAUAUCUCCACUAAUUAAAUUCUGUCGAUAAGGAACUUAAUCUCUGCAUUACUUCAAGUUGCGAAUCGGACAGAUGAGCUGCCUUAAGUAAUUUUUAGUUGAACUUUCCCAUUUCUGUGAUUACAUAUUCCAUCAAAAUGAUUGUUGAGUGUGUUUUACUAUGCCUUUUCAGCAGUAUUACAAGCAGUGUAUUAUCUUCAGAUUCGUCGCCACCGCUCACUUACGACGAAGCCAAAGCACUCACAACCUCGAACGAUUCAUCCACAUCCGGAUUCUACUUCCAACAAACCAUGUACAGAAUCAAAGACCCUGAAAAAAGCCUGAAAUUCUACGGCCAAGUACUAGGCAUGAAUUUACUCACAAAAGUAGAUUUUCCAAAAAUGAAAUUCACAUUAUAUUUUCUCGGAUACGAGCCCGAUGAUGAAAUCAACAGAGGAGACAUGGAUCAAGAAAUGAAUUGGAUGUUGUCCAAAAAAGGCGUUUUGGAAUUAACUCAUAACUGGGGAACUGAGAAUACCGCGAGUAAUGUAACUUACCAUAAUGGUAAUUCGGAUCCUCGAGGUUAUGGACAUAUUGGAAUAGUGGUUCCUAAUGUUGAAGAAGCUUGCGAGAGAUUUGAAAAAUACAACGUGGAGUUUGUGAAGAAACCUAAUGAUGGUGAAUUGAAGGGAAUCGCUUUUAUUAAAGAUCCGGAUGGGUAUUGGAUUGAAAUAUUGUCGAAUCGUCUUUCGUUGAAAGAAUGUGGUGUCAGGGUCUGAUGAUGGAAUUUGUAUAGGAUGAGAUUUUUUGUGGGUUUUGUCAUGUUUGUGCUUUAUUAAUUGAUUUUUUGUUACAUUAAAGUAGAAUAAUAAUUUAUAUACCUAAUUAAGUUUUGAUAUUUUCAAUAAAUUCGUACUUCAUUUUUCUAAUCAA